UUGCAAAACUGGAAUGCAAAAAAUACCGUGAUAACGUUAUAGUUUUGGCAUCAAAAUGAGCUAAAAGUAACUAAAUUCAAUUACACAGGAUGGGUUUAUUUCAAGGUCAUAUGUUUACGAUAUUAGUAGGUUUAAUAGGGAUGCGUUAUUACUUAAACGUUGCCACUGGGAAAUACUUACGUUAUACACUGCUGGGUAAUUUGUUAAUUAUACUUUUUCCGCAGUAAUCUGAAUCUACAAAGUAACUGAAGCGGUCGUGGAAAUGAGGCUUCCGGUCAUGGCUUCGCCGAUGGAGCCGAUGGAGCCCGCCAGACGGGGGCGCUGCAGGCCGAAGAAAGAAGACGUCAAGGUGCGCGCUCGUGAGAAAAUCCAGGGACGUCACAGGUAACUGGGGCAGAAAAGCUGCUCCCGUCGACGUCGAAGUCCACCUGACUAAACGAAGGCGCCUGUCAGGAAGUCGCGCUUGUUAGCAUCGCUAGCAGGUCAAAGGGCGACGCGGCCUCCGUUGCGAACGGUCUAGUCGGACUGCACUUUGAUGACGUCACGGGCCCCCUUUUGCAGCGAUCACCGCGCUCCAGCUGUAACCUCUGGACCGACGUCAGCGUAAGGAAGGAACAGCGCAAGCAAGGCGACUUUAAAUUGACAGGACUUUUCGGCACAGUCUGGUAAAGAUAUUAUGAGAAAAGCUGUUACCUGAGGCUGUUUUAACCCCCUUGUAAAGCGUGCAACUACCCCACAAACAGCCCUGCGGUCCAGAGAGGCCAUGUACCCCGUGGACCUGCCAGCCGCGAGGGACGCCGACCUGACCUCAGCAUCCGAGGAGUACCUCUCCUCUCUGCAGUCCAGGCCUCAUCAGAACCAGUGGUUUCCAUUGUCGCACUCUACAAAGGUCGCGAUAUCGGCAAAAAGCGUGAGGCGGCUGCAGCUGUUUGAGGACGACGACGGCGGCGGCGUCUGCACGCUGCUGGCUCUGCACGCCCCUGACGAUGCGACACGCGCGGUGGCUUUGUACCUGCACGGCAGGUGGUGGCACGUGGACGACGUCUUGCGCACGUCCAGCGACUCCAGAGUGGGUUUGAUUUCGCUGGCUGCUGGUUCUCGUCGCCGUUCCUCGUCUCAGGCGCAGUCGCUGACGGAGAGGGUGGUUGUGUUCCUGCUCAGUCGGGUGGUGGAGAGGUCCCGCCGGGACGAGGUGGCGUUCUCCCUGCACCCCCGCACGGAGAGCUGCAAAGUGCUGUGGAGAGAUGGCCAGGCCGUUGGCUUCUACACCAUCAAACACAAAGGCAGCCUGUGUGACGGCGGCGGCGGCAGCAGCCGCGGCUACCUGCUGCCCGUCCUGGACACGGUGCUGGUGAGGAGGAGCUGGAGGAGGAGAGGCCUCGGCCUUCACAUGCUGACCGACUUCUGCGCGUCCUUCGCCGCCGAGCCCUUCCUAGGGGUCAGCUCGCCGCUGUCCCCCGGCAUGGUGGCCGGUCAGCCAGUGUGCAGGAGCUUUCUGCAGAAGCAUCAGGAACGUCUGGAGCAGCUGUAUGAGGUGGAGGCUCCAGGAGGCUGGACGCAGCGACGCAACAUCUGGCUCGGCAUCAAGCUAGGCCGCUACUCUUUGGGUGUUGGUGAGGAGAGUACGAUGACCUCGGGGGAAACUUCCCGGCGUGGAGAUGACUCCUCUCAGAAGCCGACCGCCUGUCCUGUGAGCGCCCACCCGGCAGAAGGCCCGUCGGUACGACAAAUAAAACGCUGUGAUCCGAGCUCCCCGAGCGGCGAGCGCUCAGGAACGGCGUGUAGUCCUGCGGCCCACGCAGAGGAUCCAGACUCCGGACCCCCGACCAGGCCUCCACCUCAGCGCCGAGAGGAGCCGGGGGAGGAGACGCAGAGCAGGGCCAAGCGAGGCAGGAGGACAUGAGGGACAUGAGAACUUCACUAUUUCAGUCUUGUGUUGUUUCUCCAGACAGAGCGGAUUAUAAUGCAGCUCGUAGACCUUUCAUACAACGAUACGUAAAGUUUAAUAGUCAAUAUUUGUGUUUUUGAAACAUGGAAUACACCAUGUUUGUGAUUUGUAGAAUAAGAUGUCUGUGCAAAAUAAAUGCUUUGAGGAGGUCUCAACAGAGGCCGGUCCACCAGGCCGUUUUAUGUCCAAGAGAAGAACUUUCGGUGGAGAAACCAGAGGUAAAGCGGCUGGCUGGAGGCGGCCGUGAUUACGCCGCGUUUAGCCUCCCGUGCUCGCGUUUUAAAUCAAGGGGGACAGAAUCCAGCGUGGACCAGAUACGUGAUAAAAGGACACGAAGCACUAGGAGUUUUGUGGGUCUUUUGAGUUGGUGUUUCCCCAACAAACUGGAUUCAGGGACAUGCAAAUCUUUUUUU